AUGGGCAGCAAGGAAACUGCAGUAAGUGAUCUGACUACUGUCAUGGAAUAUAUCGGGAAUAGUCUGUCAACAGGAGAUGCAACAUUUACUGCUGCUGUGUCACAGAUUUUGCCGACAAUACAAGAAAAUGACAGAAAUUCACAUGCAGAGAAUCCAGACAUGCAAGUUACAGCAAGCCACAACCAUUACAGUCAGUUAACAAAUAAUGAGUUGUUUUCGGAAACUGUCUUUGGUGUAUUGAGUAAUACAAUAGGUCUGGAAUUGGGAUCAGACUUUAAGAUUAAACUUCAGAGAUCGUUAGAAGCCACGCAGUCUUGCAAACAUUGCAGGAUACAUGUAGACUGGCGAUUACGAUGUAUUUUCAGAGGAUGUGAAACUGUCUUGUGCCAGGCAUUAGAGCAGUGCUCAAGUUUGUCUUCUUUCUUGCUUGAAUUCAAGUCUUUGACUGAAAAACUAGUGAUGUCAUGCAAGUCUCUUGAAAAUCCAAUGGACAUUGCUGCUCAUGAAGAAAUUGCAGCUACCAUGAGUAAUUUAGGAUGGGACAAGGUACACUAUAUCAGCAACAAUUUUGAUCUUGUCCAGUUGAUAUCAAGUGACCUAAGAGGAAGACAGCAUGUUCUUACAAUAAAUAUACCGAGUCAGUAUCCAUGUUCACCACUUACGUAUACUGCUGACCUUCCUAUUCCAUUGAGACCGAAUGGCUCAUCAAGCAAGAUCAGUGCAUUGCCUUUAGUGUAUGAUCAGUUUCAGGAGAAAGUUUCUCAUUAUCAAGACUUGUGGGACAUGUUGGAUGAGAUAGAUGAGAAGACUUGGGUACUAGAGCCUGAGUGGCCAACACGAUCAUCAGUCAUGCGUCGUAUUGCAUUUGGCAAGAGUGCAUCUGUACAAAUUGAUUUGGAUCCCCUUCAUCCCAGGGCAAUUCCAGAGUACCGGCUACUGGGGCCUGAUCAUGUAAUAAACCCAAUUAAGGAAAGCAUCAGUUGCAACUUUGUUCUUUGGAAUUUAGAAAGAUCGGUGCUGCGCAACUUGCAAGAUUUGUUUGGAACAGAGUUUGUAAAACCACCCAGCAAAGAUGGCAAGGAUAUUGAAGGGUUUGGUUCAGAAUGUGGAGUUUGCUAUUCUUAUCGACUUGAUGGCAAAAUUCCAGACAAAGCUUGUGACAAUCCCCAGUGUUUACACCUUUAUCAUUCAACUUGUUUAUAUGAGUGGUUUCGUACACUUCGCUCUUGCCAUCAGAGCUUUAGCACUUUGUUUGGAGAAUGUUUAUAUUGCAGUCAGCAAAUAACAAUUCAGAUGCCAAGCUGAAGACUAAACACUGAGAGCAGCUGUUGUGAUCUUCAUGAGAUUUGGGGAAAUGGUGACAAGAUGCUGUGUUGUUGGAUGUUAUGAGCAAGACUGCUAACAUUAUCACAGUUGCCUCGUGCUGAAGUAUUGACUUUUCAGUGAACAGGAUAAAUGAUGACUUCUAGUAGGCAUUAAUUUGUGAUGCAAGGAGUGUGAUUUACCUAUAAUUAUACUACCAUUAUUAGACAACUAGUAAAUGAAAUUGUGUCUUUACUCUUGCUGUUACAACAGUGAGCUCUCUGAAGAA